UACGCGAGCUGCAUGGAGGGGAACCGUGACCCUUUCCGGUUCUGGGGUCGCGGUUGGGACCAGGGCCUACUGGUCACCCCUCACGGCUUCCAGCAUGUUUAGUGUAGAUGAUGAGAGGGAGACCAUGCAGGGCCUGAACGACCGGCUGGCCUCCUACCUGGAGAAGGUGCGCGGCCUGGAGCAGGCCAACAACAAGCUGGAGCUGCAGAUCCGCGAGGCCCUGGAGAAGAGAUGCCUGGAAGUCAAUGACUACAGCCGUUACGAUGCCAUCUUGGAGGACCUGCGCAAACAGGUCUUGGAAAGGAUUUCAGGCAAAGAAAAUCUUGCUGUUAGGAUUAGCAAGCUGAAUUCGGAGGCUGAUGAUUUCCAGAUGAAAGAGGAGAUGGAGAAGAUGUUUUGGCAGUCUUCCGAGUCUGACAUAGCGGGCUUUAGAAAUUUGCUGGACAACAUCAACGGGACCCGGAUGAAGCUGGAAAAGGACAUCAAGGCCCUGAAUGAAGAGCUGACUUUGCUGAAGAAGAACCACAUGGAAAGAUGCACUAUGAGAAAAGAGUUCUGGAGCAGAUUACCCAAUCAGGAGUCCGGGUGGAUGUUGAAGCUCUGACAAGGGAGGACCUGGGGCAGGUCAUAGGCGAGAUCAAGGCCAAGUUCGAGAAGAUGGCGCUAAAGAACCAGGAGGAGCUGAAAGCCAGCAAUGUUCUCAAGGUGUCUGAGGUGGAAGCGGAGGUAGCAGAGAACACAACGGCCCUGCAGGUGGCUCAGAAUGAGAGGAAGAUCGCCACCUACAGGAGGCUGCUGGACGGCGGUGACUUCUAGUGAGCAAAGGGGGGGGGGGAUGUGACGAGCGAGGCGACAGCAUGGCUCAGCCCAAACUAAACUCAGGGGCCCAGCGGAAAUGAAGGCUCAUUACAUAGUUUCAAAGGAGGUUGGUUACUUGUGACUAAGGCCAGCAAAGAUUUUCCUUUCUGAUUGCCGGUCCUCCCGUGAGAUGCUCCACACUCAUGGCAGAAGAAUUGUACACAAGACUGCCACAGGAUUUCCUGGUCUGGAAGCAUUUCCACUGUCUGUGCUCCCCACGAUGACAGAGCAAGCUGGAGAAACUUCUGUGGAAUAUGCUGCUGGGAAAGUACAAUGGAGUGUGCUAGCCUACUGCAGGGCCCGCUGUGCUCUCACCAGCACAGCUCAGCUCAUUUUACUUGCAAAGGAACAGAUAAAAGAAGGAAAUAAGGCCUGUGUGUCAUUCUUAUACACACAUGGGCAAUAAUCCACAAAAUCACGUGUGUAUGUGGGUGUGUUUGCAUGUGAAUGGAAAUUGCUUCCACUUUCAUCCCUAUGCGCAGACUUGAAGAUGCCCUGGAGUAGCAGGCAGCACUGACCCGGCUAAAGAUGGUAGCACACCCUACUGGAAGGCAGUUUGGUAUCUGAGGUUACAGACAUCAAAGAACAGUCGUUCCCCUCCUCAGUUUCCCAUAGUAAACUCACAUAUUCAUAGACGGCCUCCAACCUUAAUCCAGACUUGAUGAGAACGAUGAGAACUUUUAAUGUGGCCAGAAGGGGAAUCCCAGGAUUGACAGAUGUCUAAAGAAAAACUACUGGCGGUGAAGCGAUCUUCUCAUCCUUUUAUCUCUCUGAACCACUGUCCCACGCUGUCUCUCAUCCGUGAAGUAACACUAAAGAGACUUAUACUGACAAACUGCCUCUUGCCUUGUUACUGCCUGAAACAACAAAAAAUACAAAUGCUCAACUAUUUCUUUUCAACUCUGGCAUUACUGUUUCACAGAUUACUGUUAUAUUGAUUAUCUAUUAUAAUUUGAUAAAAGCAGCAGUCCCAGUAAUUAAAGUAAUACUCGUUAAAGAAGCAGUUCUUGUAGUAGUUAGUCGCAGCAUUAUAAAGAUGAUAGUUAUUCGGCCAUUUAAUGGAACAUUCGAGUUAACAAACACAUGAAACAAGCAUAAUGAGUCGGAAACAUAUUCACAUGAAUUCACUUCCAUUUUCUUUUCAAAACUAAGCUGGUAAAUAUCCACACAAAAAAGCUAUUUUCACAAGUAUCCAAGUAAUAAUGGAGCUAUUGGUAUUUCGCUGAGCUUCUAGCUGAUGAUGCAAAAUAAAGACACCUAAGUCUUCUUAAGUGACCCCCCCCCCCCAACCACAUUGUCUACCAAUGCUAAAACAGAGGUUCUUUUUCACUGUGGAGCAGCUCCUGAGUUGCACAGCCUCCCGUCCAGCUUCAGGGCCUCUGCCUCAUGCUACGUGGCCUUUUCUGUCUUCACUCAAAAUGGCUUCGGCCCUUUCUGUCUUCACUCAAAAUGGCUGCUUGCCUUUCUCUCGCUCUUCUCAGGAACUCAGUGUUUGCUCUGCGUCUGACCCGCUGUUAUGGACU